AUGGGGUUCGUCGUCGACAGCCUCGGCCCCCGCGACCGCCUCUUCGUCGUCGCUUUGUCCGACGACGCGCGGCUGGUCGUCCGGCUGACGCUCAUGUCGGGGGACGGGAAGGCCGCGGCCAGGCGCGCCGUGGAGUCCCUCGUCGCGGGCGGCUCGACCAACACCCGUGCCGGUCUCGACGAGGCGGCCAGGGUGAUCGAGGAAAGCCGGCACGAGAACGAUGUCGCCGGCGUCAUCCUCCGCUCAGACGGUUACGACAACUACAGCGCGUGUCGCCGUAGCCUCGACACGAACACGAACACGACAGACUACAGCGACCUUGUGCCACCGUAUCUCGUGCGCGACGGCCAAUUGCGGUGCACGCCGGUGCACACGUUCGCGUUCGGCUCGGACCACGACGAGGAGGCCCUGCACGGCAUCUCGGCGGCGACACGCGGCACGUUCUCCUUCACCGAGAACCACGCGGCCAUCCAGGACGCGCUGGCGCUGUGCGUCGGCGGGCUCCGAUCGGUCACGGCGCAGGAUGUUUGGAUCGACGUCGAGUGCUGGGACGACGACGACUUAGGCAUCGCGGCGGUCAAGUCCGGCUGCUACGAGAACAGCAUCAACAGAGACGAGGGGGCCUCGGUCAGCGUCGGCGAGCUGUUCGCCGACGAGGAGAGGCGCUUCCUCUUCUUCUUCGACGUCCCGAACGGGUACGCCGAGGUGCUAAGGCCCGUCGACGCUGCGCCGGUGGCGCCGUCGAUGGAGGUCGAGCGGGAGCUCCUCCGCGUGAAGGCGGUGGAGGACGUCGCCCUAGCCCACGCGGCCGCAGAGCUUGGCGCCUACGCCGAUGCCGCGCGGAUCCUCGCCUCCCGGCGGGAGUCGGUGAGCCGGUUGGCGGCGGCGCUGGCCGGCGACGCGACGUGCAAGGCGCUGGCGGCCGAGCUUGACGAGCUGCGCCUGCGCGCGGCGGACGAGCGGGAGCACAGGCGGACGGGCCGCGCGUGCUUCCUCGCCAGCAUGAGCGCGCACGCGCAGCAGUGCGGCUCGUCGGUGCGGCUCCCUCAGCCCUUGCCGGCGGGGCUGCAGCAGUUUGGGUGGGCAGGCUCGGCGAUGUUCGCGACUCCGGCGAUGAGGAAGAUGGAGGAGUCAUGGGAGAUGCGGCGGCAGCUCCGGCACCGCCGCCAAAGAAUGGAAGCAAGGCUGCUCCUCCUCGUUCACGCCUGGAGGCAAGGCUGGCAGCGGCGGCACCUCGUCUCAGCAUGUUGA